AUGUUUUUUUAUUAUUUUUCCGCGGUCCCACUGCCUGUCGGGUCUGUCUGUCUGUCUGUCUGUCCCGCAGAGGGCCGGCUGGUGGGUGAGAACGCGCUCCGAGACCGGGUCUGUCUGUCGGGUUGUGUUCCGGAGCUGCGGAGGGAGGUUUGGAAACACCUGCUGGGGCUGUACCCGCGGGGCAGUACGGCAGCGGAGAGGGCGGCGCUGGCACAGAAAUGGCAGUCGGACUACAGGACGUUACGUCAGCAGUGGCAAUCCAUGGUGCCCGCGCAGGAGGCGCGAUGCGGCUCCUGGCGUUGCCACCGUACGGCAGUGGAUAAAGAUGUACGACGUACGGAUCGCGGCCACGCGUUCUUCUCCAGGGAGGGUUCUGCGGGGCUGCGGGCGUUACGCAAUGUGCUGCUGACACACGUGGUGUACGACAGGGAUUUGGGUUACUGUCAGGGUAUGAGUGACCUUGCUGCGCCCUUGCUGGUGGUGAUGCGCGACGAGGCUGAGGCUUUUUGGGCGUUCGCGGCGCUGAUGGAGCGGCUGGGGUGCAACUUCCACACCGAUCUGCAGGGCAUGACGUUGCAGCUGGGCGCGCUGAGGCAGCUGGUGCAGCUUGUGGACCCGCCGCUACACGCCUACCUUGAAAGACGCGACUGCCUCAGCUACUACUUCGCAUUUCGGUGGCUGCUCAUACUUUUCAAGCGCGAAUUCAAGUUUGACGAGGUGUUGUCCCUGUGGGAGGCCUGUUGGGCGUGUCGCCGCACCCGCCACCUUCACCUCUACCUGGCCGCGGCAGUGCUGGUGCACCACCGCCGUGUCAUCCUGUCCUCCGAUCUGGACUUUGACGGCCUUCUACGGCUGUCCAUCGCCCUGGCGGGUAGGCUGGAGCUGCAGCCGCUGCUGGAGACGGCGGAGGCGUUGGUAGGGUAUGCGGGCGAGGCGGGGCGGGAGGUGACUGCGGGGCUGCCUUGA